CACCAGUUUAGAAUUAACUACCGGGUCGAGUAGUAGUAGAUUGUGUCUCACUAUCUUUACUGUCUUAGCAAAGAUAGCCGUUAAAGAAGGACCGAUUGUUAAGUUAGUAAACAUUUAAGUGUUUGUGUUUUAUUGAAAAUUAAUAAUAGUGAAGGAAAUAUUUUUCAUGGUAAUUAAUUAAAUAAGAAAAAUAUACGGAAUAAGUGUUGUGAGAGGAAUGUUGUAUGGAAUACAUCGCGGAGUGAAGUGGCUCCUGAAAAUGCAGUGAGAAAGGAUCAGUUCAUAAAAGGAUAUAUGGAGGUGUAAUUUAACAAGUUUUAGAGACCCUGCCGAGUGCCCGUAAAUCACGCACAUUUCUUCAACUUUCUGCGACAAUCAACUGCUAAACGGACGAAUGAGUAUCAUAAAAAGGUUGCUCAAUUCUAAAUUGAUCUAUUACUCUUCACAUGAAAAUGUCGGCCUACUCAGCUCUAUCUCAGCACAUUGAUUUCCUUCGCCUACCCUCACCUAAGGAUCGCUUCGAUCUGAUAGAUAUCAUUGGUGAGGGAACUUAUGGAGAAGUCUACAGCGCAAGGGUGAAGAAAACAGAUCAGUUAGUCGCAAUAAAAAUCCUGGAGAAUAUAGUCGACAACAUUGAAGAAAUCGAAGAAGAAUACCUGGUUCUUCGUGAUCUCUCCAAACAUCCUAACUUACCGGAAUUCCUUGGUAUUUAUCUGCUCAGAGGAAAUAUACCAGAAGACGAUCAAUUAUGGUUUGUUAUGGAGCUUUGCAAUGGAGGAUCAGUUACAGAUCUUGUGCAUGGACUGCGGUUAAAGGGGAGCCGCUUGGGAGACCAACAUAUUGCCUAUAUCCUCAGAGAGACUGUAAAGGCAUUGGUUUUUCUCCAUCAGAAUCAUUGUAUGCACCGGGAUGUAAAAGGUCAUAACAUCCUCCUCACAGAAUCAGCUGAGGUCAAACUAGUCGAUUUUGGAGUCAGUUCUCAUUUGGCGGCGACAUUAGCGCGUAGAAACACUAGCGUCGGGACUCCAUAUUGGAUGGCCCCUGAAGUUAUUGCUUGCGAGCAACAACUCGAUCAAUCUUAUGAUUCCAGAUGCGAUAUUUGGUCCGUAGGGAUAACAGCUAUUGAGUUGGCAGAGGGUGAACCGCCCCUUUGCGAACUACAUCCGAUGCGUGCUCUCUUUCAAAUUCCUCGUAAUCCGCCACCUAGACUUGCAAGACCUGAGUAUUUCAGCCCAUUAUUAAGUGACUUCGUGUCAGUCUGCCUAGUCAAGGAUAUGGAGCAGCGUCCUUUCGCUCGGGAGUUAUUGUGCCAUCCAUAUUUACAAAACGUGGUAAUGUACGAGGAUAAAGUAAAACGAGAGCUGAAGGUGGAAAUUCUGCGGCAGAAAAACGAGGGUCGUGUGACGCGACAGGCUGAAGUUACAACGAAACAUGGAAAACUAAAGUCGGAUAGGAAGUCGAAACCUCAAAAGAUUUAUGUGGAUGAUCUGGCCGCAUUGGAUUCGUUGUCAGAAAAGGCUAUUGUUGAACAACUCAUGAGAAGAUACGAUGGGGGUCAAAUAUAUACAUACAUUGGUGAUAUUUUGGUAGCUGUGAAUCCUUUUAGUGAUCUGGGGCUAUAUUCAUCACAGCAUCAAAGACGUUACAUGGGAAAGAUCCGUUCUGAGAAUCCGCCCCACAUUUUCGCCGUAGCAGAUGCUGCUCACCAAGCAUUGGUGCAUCAGAGACAAAAUCAAGCUAUCGUGAUUUCAGGUGAAAGCGGUUCAGGCAAAACGGAAAGUGCAAAUUUGUUGCUGAAACAGCUGGUGUAUCUAGGGAAGGCACCGAACCGUUGCCUAGAAGAGCAAAUCCUUCAAGUCAAUCCAAUCAUGGAGGCUUUUGGGAAUGCACGAACUGGUAUCAAUUCCAAUAGUUCCAGAUUUGGGAAGUAUUUGGAUUUGACAAUGACUCGGGGCGGAAAAGUUACAGGCGCUCGGAUUUCUGUGUAUUUGCUCGAGCAAAGUCGAGUAGUGCAACAGGCUGAAGGCGAAGGUAAUUUUCAUAUCUUCUACUACCUAUACGAUGGUCUUGAAUCAGCAAAACGAUUGCCCGAUUACCAUCUGGAUCAGUCUUUCCGGAAACAUCACAAAUAUCUGGCUCCGACGAAAACUUCAACUUCAAAGAACAUUGAGCGUUGGCAUCAACUCACCUCCAGUUUCAAAUUGCUGGGAUUUCGCGAUGAUGAGUUGGACACGGUUAAUCGGGUAUUAGCUGCCAUUCUGAACCUCGGUGAUUUGGAAUUCGUCGAGGUCAACUCUAAUGACAAUACUGAUCCGAAGGCUCGUGUGAUGAACUUGGCUCCAGUGCAUAGGGUGUCAAAACUCCUCGGAGUAGAGGCAUGCGAUUUGCUGGAUGCGCUAACAUCAAACUCGGUGGUAACCCGAGGGGAAACUAUCACAAAAAAUAACACUGUUGAAGAAGCGGUAGCGGCACGCGAUGCAAUGGCUAAAGGACUCUAUGGAAGGUUAUUUGAUUGGAUUGUGAACCAGAUUAAUUUGCUGCUGGCAUUCAAUCGACCAAAUUCUCAAGAUCAACUCUCGGUGGGACUUUUAGAUAUUUUUGGAUUUGAAAACUUCCCCAAAAAUUCAUUUGAGCAGCUUUGUAUAAAUAUUGCAAAUGAACAGAUCCAGUACUACUUCAACCAACAUAUAUUCACCUGGGAGCAACAGGAAUACUUAGCCGAGGGAGUCCCUGUGGAAAUGGUGGAGUUUUCCGAUAAUCGACCAGUGUUAGAUAUGUUACUCAGCCGACCGUUAGGACUACUUGCACUAUUGGACGAGGAGAGCAGGUUCCCCAGGGCUACUGAUCGAAGCUUCAUAGAGAAAUGUCAUAGCAACAUUAAAUCUAAAUACUAUGUCCGGCCAAAGUCAGAUGCCUGCUGCUUUGCAGUACAUCAUUUCGCUGGACGCGUAAUAUACCACGCAAAUUCAUUCCUGGAAAAAAAUCGGAACUUCCUUCCAGCCGAAGUUAUACAGCUAGUCCGGCAAAGUCAGUUUGACAUGAUCCGGUUUCUUUUCCAGUGUCCUAUCACAAAAACCGGUAACUUAUAUAAUGCUUUGAACGAUGUGAAUAUCUCGAGGCAAAAUCUAGCUAAGGUUGAUACAAAGGAACGGUACAACUCCGGUGGUCUCGCUUCUCAGUCACGAGCCCAACAAACCGUCUCCACCUACUUCCGAUACUCUCUAAUGGAUCUCUUGCAGAAGAUGGUUGCAGGUUCCCCUCAGUUCGUCCGAUGCAUCAAGCCAAACGACAUGAAGAAAGCCAAAUGUUUUGAAGCUCCGAAAGUCCUAAAACAACUCCGUUACACCGGAGUCUUAGAAACAAUUCGAAUUCGCCAAUCCGGAUUUAGCCACCGCUUCACGUUCGCAGAGUUUCUGAAACGUUACUGUUUUCUCGCUUUCGGUUUCAACGAGAAAAUCGUAGCAAGCCGUGAGAACUGCAAACUCCUCCUGAAUCGCCUGAAACUGGAUGGUUGGGCGUUAGGGAAGACCAAAGUUUUCUUGAAAUAUUAUCAUGUUGAAUUCCUAGCCAAACUUUACGAGGAGCAAGUUAGCAAGAUAAUUAUGGUUCAAGCUUGUGUCAGACGUUGGUUAGCCAAAUCGAGAUUCGCGAAGUCGAAGGAGCAAAUGGACACGUCUGCAAUAACAUUGCAGAAGCAUGUUAGAGGUUGGCUUAGCAGGAGGAAGGCACGCGAACUGAGGGAGGACCGAGAAAGAGAGAGACUGGAGUUGGAGCGAAUCGAGCGUGAGCGCAUGGCUAAGGAGCAAAGGAUCAGACAAAAGAAAAAUAAGGAAAAUUUGAACAAGAACGAUGCUGCUACUAUCAUCCAAAGUUAUUAUCGAGGAUACACAAUUCGAAAGCAAAAGGUGAGCCCAGAACUGGAGUCCAAGGCUAAAAACAUACUGAACACUGCUCGUAACAAGAGCGAGGCGCAAAGAAUGCUAGAAGCUGAGGGAUUUAAUGACGAAGAGUCAAACAGGCUCAUCAGGAAAUUUUACAAAGUAAACGGGAAUGGAGACGGCGAUGCAUCGCCACCCAGGAAGAAAGUCCUAACACCUAGAGAUCAGCAACUGGAAUUGAUUGCAUUUUCCCAGAAGGUCCACAUGCUUAACCAGGACAUGCAUAAGAAUUUGAGGAAGAAUAAAGAUGGCAUUCCAUUGGAUAAAAUUGAACCUCUUCCACCUGAUUACAAGCGUCCUCCAGGAUUCAUCGUUAUCCCCAGUCUGCUGGGCACACAUCAAUUGAUGCGAUGCAGCUCGAAAGGAGACUUUUGUGAACGGAGGCAAGAGGAGUGCUUGAGCUUGACCAGCCCAACUUCGGAUCAUUCUGAUCAUGAACCAGAUGUCUGGGAUCGUCCAUUAUUCCAGAAACUAUUCAAACUGCAAGAAAUUGAAAGAAAACAAACAAAAGGUGGUGGGGAAGUUAUGUCUAGUAGAGAGGAUGUGAUUGGACCUCGUUUUGCUGAUAAUCCAAAUUUACGAAGCACAGGCUGGCAUGAUGCUAGCCGAAAAAUAAGAGCACCUCUGAGAGUCUAUAAAAACUCCGACCAUACUCGACUACCCGCAUUCAGUUACUUAACUCCGCAUCAGAAUCAACAUUCAGAGGGUCAUCCAAAUGACAAUAAUGUCCAGCCAUCAAAAGUUCGUGAAGUUCUUAAGCAAACAUCAACAUCAAAUAUUCCUCAAACCGUCAUCGAUAGUAACCUCAAUAAUAACCAACAAAAACAACUCAGUCCAAGACACCGUAACUCCCCGAAUUCGCGAAAUUUGAAAUCACAACCAGCAACUGAGCAACAAAAGCACGCCGCCAAGAAUGAAACCAACGGAAGAUACCUUUUUGGCUUCCUGCAGAAACAGAGGGACCUAGAGCGUAAUCUGAAGAACAAGCCGAAGAAGAGGGACAAGGAUCGACCGAGGGCUGCAAGAAAGGCAGAUAAAAGUGCAAAUCACACGGAUAUUAUAGUGCCCGUUAAGAGGAAUGCUCCGCAUCACGAUUACCAGAACCAGCUCGUCACGGAGAAGUAUAAUAACAACCUCAACAACAACUGGAAUGCAGCCAAGAGGAUUAGCAACCAGUCAGCCAACGACAGUAACAACAACAAAGUUCCGGAUAAGGUUCCUGUAUACCGAAAAUUCGGCGACACCAACGUCAUUGCCAAAAAUCGCAAAAAUAUGUUGGCGAAAACCUCGAACAGUUCCGCUUCCAACCAGACGCCCAUUAAGACCAGUAACAACAUCGCAAACAACAAGCUACGUCAAAUUCCUCGAAUCGAGGUGCAGAGCGACAUUCAGCGUCUCAGCCCUAACUCAAUGCUGACUCCCUUCUCCGAAAUGAACAGGAACCAGCGGCUGGUCAACAAGUUCCUGAACAACGAAAACCAACCCCUACGACGAAACAGUGGCAACCUCCACUCAGCAAUCAGCGGCAGUUCACCGAAUCUCAGUACAAAAUCCGCCGAUCAAUAUUCUAAUCAUUCAUUAGAGUCUAUCGAAAAGGAUAUAAUUGGGGGGAAGCGAAUUGGGAGUGGGAGAGCUAGUGAGGAUGACAACGAGGAAGUCGGACAAUCCUAUCUGGGUCCAUUCAAUUUCAGGCAGCUCUUGCGACCGACCGAAGGCCCUACAGAAUCACUGCGGAAACGGAAGGGUAUUAACUCUGGAACCCCGCCCCCACCGCAACGGGGCAAGAGUAUUCUCUAAAGAGGUUCCUCUGAAAAGGAAAUGAGAAGGAUGCUUCGUAGAAAUAGAAUGGAAAUAUUAAUGUUAAUAAAGAUUUUAUUAGGUCUAGAACAUUUUGUAAAGCUGGGUUCAGAUGGACCCACUUAUUAUAGAUAAUAUCGGCACAUAUGGUUCGCAUCUGAAAUUCACCCGCAAGGACAUGUGUCCAGGGGAUCUAAUUUCAGAUGCGAACCCGAUUUUUACUCCCUUGAACGUGGAUAUUACAAUGGAUACGAGGUGAAUAUGUAAAGAUAUCCAAGGCCUGCCUGGUAUGGUUUACCGCCCUUCUGCUUGGAACUCUCAGUUUUGUAGAUAUUGUUGCGGGUCGAUGCCUUCUGCAUUAGAUCCGUUCCGCCUCAUGUUAUAUUUUAACGAACCUUUCUCCUUUCAUGUAGAAAGUCCCUUUGUAUAAAGAUCGGGUGGUCAACAAAAGAGAUUUUAAGCUAAUUUUAGAUAAAACGCGUAAUGUAAUGUUCACUACUGUCGAGUUACGAUCGAAUACAUCAUUAAAUACUCUUAGAUUGUAAAA